AUCAAAAAGAGCGAUCUUUCCUUCUGAUUUCGCAUGUUGAUUCAAUCACUCUUUCACUUUUGCGAAACUUCUUAAAUCUCUCUGUAAUCCUCCUCUUCUUCUCUCUCAUCAUUCUCUCUUUCUCUCUCUUCUUUCGCUGCUCUGUUUUUGUGACGGAAGAAGGAAAAAAAAUGGGAUUCGUUUUCUCGACGAACGAGAUUCUCGCCCUUUUUGUCUUCGGAUUUCUGGCUUUGAAUUGUUUCGGCGGAUUUGGAUCCGAGGCUCAACUUCUGCCUGAAGAUGAAGUGAAAACUCUUGAAACAAUUUCCAGAAAACUACAGCUGAACAGUUUAUGGAACAUCAGCCGAAGUUCUUGCAGAGACGGUUUUGGCUUAAAUGCGACGUUAGGAGUAGACGUUAUAAGCAAUCUCACGUGCGUUUGUUCUAAUUCCACAAAUGGUACUAUUUGUCAUAUCAAAUCCAUCCAAUUGAAGAGCCUCAAUUUAGCGGGAGUUCUACCUGAAGAAUUUGGAGAUCUUACUCAUCUUGAAGAACUUGAUCUAACUCGCAACUACAUCAAUGGAUCAAUCCCUCAAACCCUUUCUCGUGCCCCUUUACGCAUUCUGUCUAUUUUGGGAAACCGACUUAGUGGUUCCAUUCCUGCGGAAAUUGGCGAAAUCACUACGCUCACGGAUCUGGUCUUGGAAAAUAACUUGCUGGGUGGGCCUCUUCCUCCAGGGCUUGGGAGCUUGGGUAAUUUGCAAAGGCUCCUUCUGUCUGCAAACAAUUUUACAGGACAAAUACCAGAAACAUUUGGAAAUUUAAAGAACUUAACCGACUUUAGGAUAGAUGGGACCAGAAUAUCAGGGAAAAUACCUAGUUUUAUUGGGAACUGGACCAAACUUACCAGACUGGAUAUGCAAGGCACUUUCUUGGAGAGCCCUAUUCCUUCAACCAUAGCAAAUUUGACAAACUUAGAAGAAUUGAGGAUAUCUGAUUUGUGGGGAUCAGCUAUACCUUUCCCUAAUUUGGAGGAUUUGAAACUUUUGGAAAGAUUGGUCUUGAGGAAUUGCUUAAUUGUUGAUCAGAUUCCACCAUACCUUGGACAAAUGACACAGCUGAAAUUACUGGACCUGAGUUUCAACAGGUUGACUGGUGUUAUCCCAGUGGAGCUGCAAAGUCUAACUAAACUAAAUUACAUGUUUUUGACCAAGAACUCUCUUACUGGAGAAGUACCAUCUUGGAUAAUGAGCAGCAAGGAUGACAUUGAUUUGUCUUACAACAAUUUUACAGUGUCAGCUGGUCAGCUUAGUUGUACAAGUUUGUCUCCGAAUCUCAUUUCUAGUUACCCAUCUUCUGUGACCCAAUCAUGGUGCUUGAAGAAGGGCCUUCCCUGCUCCGGAAGAGCACAACAUCAUUCUUUGUUUAUCAAUUGUGGAGGGCCAAAUUCGAAUUUCGAUGGCAAUCAGUAUGAAGAGGACACGCAAAAUGAUGUCGCAGCAACCUUUUAUUCUACAGCAGAAAAAUGGGGCUUUAGUUCGACGGGGGUCUUUACGGGUAAUGACAAUGGGAGAUUCAUCUUCCAAGAUAAUUCUCAAAAUCAGACUAAAGCAGAAAUUUACCAAACAGCACGCCUUUCCCCUAUAUCACUCAAGUACUAUGGCCUUUGCAUGCAAAAAGGAAGUUACAAAGUUCAACUUCACUUUUCCGAAAUAGUUUUUUCUAACAACCAGAAAUUCAGCAGCCUCGGCCGGCGCAUAUUCAAUGUCUCAAUUCAAGGGAAUUUAGUUUUGAGGGAUUUCAACAUCGUGGAGGAAGCUGGAGGUGCUCACAUAAGCGUCGUCAAAACAUUUGAUAAUAUCACUAUCGAUGGUAGCACUCUAGAAAUACACUUGUACUGGGCGGGCAAAGGAACUAAUUCUAUUCCUUCGCGUGGCGUCUAUGGACCUCUUAUAUCUGCUAUUUCUAUUACACCAAACUAUAAAGUCAAUACCGGGGGUGGCCUAUCUGCUGGAGCAAUUGUUGGUAUUGUGGCUGCAUCGUGUGUUUUUCUCAUGUUUAUUCUGCUAGUACUUCGAAUGAAGGGUUACUUGGGUGGAAAAGACAUUGAAGAUCCAGAACUACGUGCAUUAGAGUUACAAACAGGGUAUUUUUCAUUGAGACACAUUAAAGCUGCUACCGCUAACUUUGACCCUGCAAAUAAGAUAGGCGAAGGAGGUUUCGGACCAGUUUACAAAGGUGUACUGUCAGAUGGUCGUGUGGUUGCUGUUAAGCAGCUGUCAUCAAAAUCAAAGCAAGGGAACCGUGAAUUUGUUAAUGAGAUAGGCAUGAUAUCUGCAUUGCAACACCCAAACCUUGUGAGGCUUUAUGGUUGCUGCAUUGAAGGGAAUCAAUUGUUGCUUAUAUAUGAAUACUUGGAGAACAAUAGUCUUGCUCGUGCACUCUUUGGUUCCUCGGAACACCGACUACACUUGGAUUGGCCAACAAGACAGAAGAUAUGUGUGGGGAUAGCAAGAGGGUUAGUUUAUCUUCAUGAGGAGUCGAGGUUGAAAAUAGUUCAUCGAGAUAUAAAGGCGACAAACGUGCUGCUUGAUAAGGAUCUAAAUGCCAAAAUAUCUGACUUUGGUUUAGCAAAGCUUGAUGAAGAAGAGAACACCCAUAUCAGCACACGCAUAGCUGGAACAAUAGGAUAUAUGGCUCCUGAAUAUGCAAUGAGGGGUUACUUGACUGACAAGGCAGAUGUUUACAGCUUCGGAGUCGUAGCUUUAGAGAUUGUCAGCGGGAAGAGCAACACAAAUUACAGGCCAAAGGAGGAGUUUGUUUAUCUUCUGGAUUGGGCCUAUGUCCAACAAGAGCAAGGAAAUCUAUUAGAGCUUGUGGAUCCUAGUCUUGGUUCAAACUAUUCGAAAGAGGAAGCUCUGACAAUGCUUAACUUGGCACUCUUAUGCACCAACCCAUCUCCCACUCUUAGACCAAUUAUGUCUUCUGUGGUUAGCAUGCUGGAAGGCAAAAUCCCGGCACAAGCUCCGUUGGUCAAGCGCAGCUCAUCGGAACAGGAUCCGAGGUUUAAGGCCUUUGAGAAACUUACACAAGACAGCCAAACGGACAUGUCGUUGUACUCGCCAGACAGUCACGGAGGAGGCAUCUCUUCAGAUGGACCAUGGAUUGAUUCCUCUAUUUCUCUCCACAGUAAAGAUGAUACUCAAAACAACACCUCAACAUCAACAACCAGGCUUCUCAAGGAUCUCUAUGAUGUCAAUUUGGAGUGAUGGAAAAAAAUGUCUAACAAGAGGAACAGCUUUUGUUUUCUUGAAUUCUUUUAUUUGUUUUGCUUUUCGUUUUCCAAUUUUGUUU